UUCCGAGAAGGUGGGUUAUUUAUCAAACAAAUGGAAGUUUUGGGAGAGCUUGGGUUUAUCGUCUGGAAGUAAAAGUAUCAUUUCGAAAAUGAAGAUAGGACAGCGAUGAGUACUCCAAUCUCAACACUCUCCUUUGCUUCGCCUUUGUUGCCGCACAGGAUUGAAGUGAAGCCUCGAAUUUCUCCUGCCUUUAACUUUCGUUCCCCGUUUCAGGUGGUCGCUAGAAAACAGAGAAAUGGUGAAGGUAGUGGCCGGCGAGUGUGGCGACGAAGAAAAUUGACGAAGAAGGAUGACAUGUCGAUCUAUAAAAUGGAUCGAAUCCCAUUCCUUGAAGAACAGGUAAGGAAGGUAAAGGAACAGGGGAAGCUCAUAACAAUGGACAUUGAAAGACUAUUAUUAUCAGAGGACAAUCGCUUCGAUUUUGUAAAUGAGGUUGCAGCUGAGGCUAAGGAAUAUGUUGAGAGCAAUCGUGAUGAAUAUGGAGGUUCCAAGAAAGCCAUUCUUCACGUUCUUAGCAACCGAGUGAACGAUGCAGGGUUUUAUCGGCCAGAUGCUUAUGCAGAAGAUGACCCAUUUAAACCCGGACCUCAUUUUCUGAAACAAGAAUAUACUUGAAGAAGCUGAUUACAAAAUCAAGUUUCUUAUACAAUGACUGUCAAUGUAUUAAUCUGGUUUUUCCAGUUUUUUCGCCAAUGCCUGUUUCUCUUUAGAUUAAGAAUCCGGGUUCGUCGUAUAGAUAGCCCUAUUUUGAAGGUUGGAAUGAAAUUUUAGAUGUAAAAAUGCAUGUAAGGUCAACUUUUUCUUACAAUUCAUACCUCUUAAGACUGCUACUUUUCUUUUUGUUCUGUUCAUCAAACAUCCCCAGAAAAGGGAGGGAAGAUUCUUAUCAACGAACUUAUGAAGCCAUCA